ACUUUCUUCCCCCAAACCCUUGGGACGGAAAGUUUGCGUUUUUAUCUUUUUUUUUUUUGGCUGGGUAGGAGGUCACCACCAUUAUUACCAGCAGCGGUGACCGCUCCAAAGCCUCAGAUACCUUUCCGUAGGGGACUUUUUAAAGAUAGGAUUCUAUUUUUCAAUUUUUCUAGCGAAAAAAAAAGUAUAUAUUCUCUAUUUCCUAACGACCCGCGCCCGGCCCCGCGAUGUACAAUACAGUGUGGAAUAUGGACCGCGAUGACGCAGACUGGAGGGAGGUGAUGAUGCCCUAUUCCACGGAACUGAUAUUUUAUAUUGAAAUGGAUCCUCCAGCUCUUCCUCCCAAACCGCCCAAGCCAAUGACUCCAUCAAGCACAAAUGAGGUCAAGGACAGUUCCGGUGUAGCUCUCCAGGAUGCCGAAUGGUACUGGGGGGACAUUUCCAGGGAGGAGGUGAACGACAAAUUACGAGACAUGCCGGAUGGGACUUUCUUGGUGCGAGAUGCGUCCACGAAGAUGCAGGGAGACUACACUUUGACACUGAGGAAGGGAGGCAAUAAUAAGCUGAUAAAGAUCUAUCACCGGGACGGUAAAUAUGGUUUUUCGGAUCCACUGACGUUUAAUUCUGUGGUGGAGCUCAUCAACCACUACCGCCAUGAGUCCCUUGCUCAGUACAAUCCCAAACUUGAUGUGAAGCUGAUGUAUCCAGUGUCCAGAUAUCAACAGGAUCAGUUGGUGAAGGAAGAUAGCAUCGACGCUGUGGGGAAAAAGCUUCAAGAGUACCACGCUCAGUACCAGGAGAAGAGCAAGGAGUACGACCGGCUGUACGAGGAGUACACCAGAACCUCUCAGGAAAUUCAGAUGAAGAGGACGGCAAUCGAAGCUUUUAAUGAAACAAUUAAAAUAUUUGAAGAGCAGUGCCACACCCAAGAACGGUACAGCAAAGAAUACAUCGAGCGAUUUCGUCGCGAGGGGAACGAAAAGGAAAUUGAACGGAUUAUGAUGAACUACGAGAAAUUGAAGUCACGACUGGGAGAGAUCCACGAGAGCAAAAUGCGCCUGGAGCAGGACCUGAAGAAACAAGCUUUGGACAACCGGGAAAUUGAUAAAAAAAUGAACAGCAUCAAACCAGACCUCAUUCAGCUGCGCAAGAUCCGAGACCAGUACCUUGUCUGGCUUAACCACAAAGGCGUCAGGCAGAAGCGGCUCAACGACUGGCUGGGAAUCCAGAACGAGAACAGAGACGACACUUACUUUGUGAAUGAGGAGGAUGAGAACCUGCCCCACUACGAUGAGAAAACCUGGUUUGUCGGAGAUCUCAACCGCACCCAGGCCGAGGACUUGCUGCGCGGGAAACCCGACGGGGCCUUUCUAAUCCGCGAGAGCAGCAAGAAAGGAUGCUACGCCUGCUCCGUGGUGGCCGAUGGCGAAGUGAAACACUGCGUCAUCUACAGCACCCCACGCGGCUACGGGUUCGCCGAGCCCUACAACCUGUACGGCACCCUCAAGGAGCUCGUCCUCCAUUACCAGCAGACGUCCCUCGUCCAACACAACGAUUCCCUCAACGUCCGGCUCGCCUACCCCGUCUACGCACAGAUGCCCGCCCUCGGCAGAUAAAUCCACCCGCGGCGGGGGGGGUGGGGGUGGGGGGGCGGGCUGGGCCGGGCCGCCGUGGAUUCUUUUCUACCGUUUUUACUAGGACUCGGAGGGCAUUCUUUCCUACUUAGACUGCUUGUUUUGCACAAGUGAUUCUCUGAAUGUGAAGCGGCGAGGUCGGGCGCCCACCUGCCGCCCACAGCCGGAAGCGGGGG